AACGCAUAGGGGGACGAAAAUGUUAUGUAUCGUUUGUCAUCCAUUCUCAUUCCGAGUCUGUACAUUUUGUGGUGACUUAUUCAUAAUGCACGAAGGACUUAAAUCCCGAUAAGGACAGGAACUCAGUUAGAGACAGUCUAAAGCCGGAAGAAAUGCCCUCACGACAAUGGCUUAAAAACAUGUCCUUGACGUUAGAUUUAGCUAUGUUAGCCAUCAGAUCGUCAGAUGAGGAGUCCGCUGAGAUUGAGGAGAUGGACACCUCAGAUCCCAACUGGUGCUGGUUCUACUUGGCUGAAUGUGGAGUGUGGCAUAUGUUUGAGAUUGACCCCAGUGCUGCCUGCUCUGUGACUAGUGCUCAGAUUGAGCAGUGCUACAGCAGAAACCAGCGAGGCGUCAUGGAAUUCUACACAGCCAAGUACACCUACAGACUGGACUUCUCAGUUAUGCGACAGAUAAACGUAACGACAGGGAAGCAGCGGCCAAUCAAACGCUCCCUCCACUCUGCAACUGGCUUCAGGUUUAUUUGCGAUAAUCUUGCCUUGCCUGUUCCGUGUCAUUGGGAGAGAAUCAAUACAGACGAGCCCUAUCAGCUCAUCCAGCUUGGAAGAGACACUUAUGAGUUUAAAGAAGUCGCCAGACUAUAUGAAAGGACUAUGGAUCACCCAAUCAAAUCCAUCCAGAGGAUUCAAAACCUGGACUUAUGGGAAUUCUUCUGCAGGAAGAAAACACAGUUGCGAAAAGUCAAGCGCACACUGGAUAUUGAGGAGCGAAUGCUGUUUCAUGGCACAGGACACAGCAACAUACAAGCUAUAUGUACUUUUAACUUUGACUGGCGGCUGACAGGAAGCCAUGGCGAUGUAUAUGGCAAAGGGAGCUACUUUGCCCGGGAUGCCAAAUACUCCAGUAAAUUCUGCCACACCACAGGGAAGCACAACACCACCCUGCAGAGACAUGGCCUCACCCCGCCAAUAUUUGCUAGUGAGCCACCUUACAAGACCAUGUUCUUGGCCAGAGUGCUUGUCGGAGAAUACACGGUCGGUCAUCCUAUGUACUGUAGACCACCCUCCAAGGAUGCCAGCUUCACCAACUUUUAUGACAGUUGUGUGGAUGAUAUGGCCAAUCCAAAGAUUUAUGUCAUUUUUGACAGCAAUCAGAUCUACCCAGAGUAUCUGAUUGAGUUCUACUGAAGCCUAACAAGAAGAAACACUGUUCUUUUUUAAAUAGAGGCUGCAUCUCAAACAUGACGGGAUGAAAUGGAAAAAGAAGCCGUGUUUUCUUUCAGUCUGAUCCAACGCCUAACUGGAGCAUGGAAUCAUCUAAAGUGCCUUUGGGGAAAUUGGAAAAUCAAGAAGACAGUAAAGACUUUGUGUACAGUUUGUGUACUGUACAAUGCAUUCUAAGACGGGCCCUUGUGGUGGGACUGUUUCUGUGACUUAAAAAGGACAAAAAUACUGACUAAAGAACAGCCUUUGUGACAAUUUUGUAUUAAAUGCAGAAUCUGUCCUUGCUUGUUUGAUAUUUGUGCACAGUUGUUUAAAAUAAGAGUGGCACUUGCAGCCUCUAGGUUAUAGGUGAUGCCAUCAGCCACAGCGUUCCUUCACAUCCACAGUGCCACGCAUGAGCUUAUUUAUAAGUCAUGUCGACAUAAUUCCAAAUGAUGAAACCAAAAACCACAACAUGUUCCUGCUCACUCAUUUAACACCGACACCCACAUCAUGUCAGUUAGCAACACCAACAUCUGUGUAUUAUGUAGGCAUUUAUAUUUUGUUUUGUUUAUUUAUUUAUUUUUUUAAACGCUUCUACCUCUACAUUUUUUUAACCAUGCAUCAGUGUACUUUCCCCCCUUUCCAUGAAAGGUUUUGUAAUUGUGUCACAAUGACAUAAAGUUGUGAUGUCCUGUUCACUUGUGGUCCUUGAGCAAUUCUUUGUAUCUUUUCUGAGCAUUGACUCCAGUCUUUAAAAGACAUGACAAUGACUGGGGUUGAAUUUUGUAUGCACUUGCAACAAAGUUAAUUCCAAACCAGAACAAGAUCAGUUUUAGCAUCGCAUAUGACUUAAAAUCACCCAAGUGUGAUGUCACCACGUUUUCUUUAAAAGGAAGAAGGAGGUUAUAUUUGCCCCUGGUGUAAAUUUAUCAACAAAAAAAGAAGAAUGUAGCCAGCACAUGUAUAGUACUGUAAUGAAAAUUAACCACACAAUGUAAUAUUGCUUUGCUGUGUGCGUUCGUUGAAUUCCUUGUAUGAAUGAGAGUGUGUGUGUGUGUGUGUGUGUGUGUGUUUUUGAACAAGGAAAACAAACAACAAAUGUAUUCAGAGUACUAAGUUUGCCACAAGGGGGUGUAACAGUACAAGAAUUGAGCUUUAGCAACUGUUGCAUUUCCCCAUAGGAAAUGCAGACAAGUCAAGACACAACCCGAUGUCAUAACACUACAGCUGUGUCUGAGUGUAGGGGUGUAUGACGCUAAAUGUGUGUGUCUGUAUUUAGCUAAUGUUACAACUAAUAAACUUUUGAACGUAA